AUGGUGCGCGAGCGACGGGGCGACGACGCGCGCGAGGACGACGCGGAGGCGCGCGAGGACGGGAGCGCGAGGGCGACGGAUGGGCGAGACGCGUCCACGGCGGACGACGCGAGCGUGGACGCGCUCGUACAGGGCGUGAGCGCGUUGCGAGUGGAGUCGAAAGAGACGAAGGAGAAGACGGACGAGACGACGACGACGACGACGACGACGACGACGACGACGACGAGGGAGAGAGCACCGGGAAGAGCGAAGACGGACGUGUCGACGGCUCGACGGAUGAUCGCGAGCGCGCUCGGGGUGGAUCUUCGGGAGAAGGACUCGGAGAGGGACGAGGCGGAGAAGCGAGCGCGGCGGGAGGCGCGGUUGAAGAAGGCGGAGAACGCUCGCAUAGCGCGAGAGGCGGCGAAGAAGGAGAUUGAAAAUUGA